GUCAUUCAUCAGUUCAGUCUAUCGCGAUGUUGUUAACGGUCGCGGUUGUGUUUCUCGCUACACUUGCAGUGUUUUGGUUUUUCUAUUCUUCGGAGUAUCGAAGGAAGCUUGCCUUGCUGAAGACCGAACCGUAUCUGCCAUUCUUCGGACAUGUAUUGAGGCUCACCAAGAAUGGGAAUAGCAGUGUAUUGCCCGUUUUGGAAGAAAUGUGGAACAACCUGGGUAGAGACAAAUAUCUAGUCAAACUAGGGCCGCUGGAUCAAGUCAUUAUUACAAAGACAGAGGAUAUUGAGCUGAUCCUGUCAAGCAACGUUUUGAUCGAGAAAAACUUCGUCUAUAAGUUUUUAGAGCCAUGGUUUGGAAACGGGUUGUUAAUAUUAACGGGCAAGAAAUGGCGCAGUCACCGCAAAAUGCUGACCCCGGCUUUCCACUUCAAGAUCCUGGAGUCGUACGUGGAGGUGUUCCAGGAGGAAGCUCAGCUCCUGGCAGACCAGCUGCUGGACCAGGGCGAUGGUGACAUAGAGAUGUCGCAUAUAACUAGUCAGAGGAGCUUGUUUGCUUUGUGCCGAACGGCGAUUGGGUUUGAUAUGAAUGUAAAUAAGGAUAUGAGUGAUUUUGCAGCAAGUACCCAAAUGAUUAAGAAGAUUAUGAACCAAAGAGUAUUUUCUUCGUGGAAGUUUAUUGACCCACUUUACCAGUUGACUGGAGAGGCGAAAAAACUGAGGGAGUGUUUAAAUGUGACUCACUCUACAUUCUUUACCGCGCUCCGAGCGAAACAAGAAUCGAUGAAGGAAAUGAUGGAACUUAUUGCCUCAGGCAAGGAAACCUUGGAAAGCAUCACCAAGGAGGAUGACUUCUUCACCAAGAAACGUAUGACGUUCAUAGAGCUGCUGCUGCUCAGCAGGACUCCGGAAGGAGAACUCCUUACUGACGAGGAUAUUAAAAACGAAGUCAAGACUUUUAUGAGUGCCGGACAUGAAACUACGGCUAUGGCUGCUGCGUUUAUUAUGUAUUGUUUGGCGAUGAACCCUGAUGUGCAGAAAAAAGCUUUCCAAGAACAACUCGAAAUUAGUGGAGGAGAUCUGACUAAGCCUUUGACAUAUAAAAAUGUGCAAGAUAUGAAAUACAUGGAAAGAGUUGUGAAGGAAUCUUUACGGCUCUACCCCUCUGUCGUCGCAAUGGGUAGGAAGAUAACUGAACCCACUGUUUUGAAAGAUGGCACCGAGCUCCCCGUAGGUGUUUCAGUCCUAUUAGUUCCAUACUUUACGCAUCGAAACCCCGAAGUGUUCAAAGACCCCCUUAAGUUUGAUCCAGACAGGUUUUUGGAACAAGUCAGUCUCUACAGCUAUUAUCCUUUCAGUGCUGGCUCCAGAAACUGCAUUGGACAAAAAUUGGCUAUGACAAUGCUUAAAUGUUGGAUGGGGACUGUAAUAAGGACAGUGGAGUUAUUUCCACCUGAAGGAGCACACCCAGAAGUUAUCGUUGAGAUCACAAUCAAUUCUGCAACCGGUGUCAAUGCUAGAGCCAGACGGCGGCAAUAUUAAAUUACUGAAGAACUAACUACUAAACAUCGAUCUACCAGCCCCGAAAGUAUCAGAUGAUCAGAUGAGGGGCAGUAACGUCUGUGCGAUUUUUUCUAAAUAAAUUUAUAUUUCAAAUAGC